AUUUCGCCCAUUUGUCACUUAGUUCAAAUUCUCCCACUCGUUGUAUUGUUUUUUGAAAAAUGUCUGGCGGCGAGGACUUUCUCCUGGAAGAAGACGGAAAGUUUGACGAAGUUGAUCCUGUUGUUCAAGAUGUACUUGACGUCGAGAACAACGAGAAGUCGGAUGAUAAAUUGCCGGAAUUAGAAGGAUCCGAUGAAACUAUCGACAAUGAACGAACUUCGGCAAGCGACGGUAAAAUCGCGUCAGACGAACUCCCGCAUUCGGAAAACACAAGUUCUUUCAGGGCGAGAUUUGAGUCGGAGCAAAGUGAAAAAGAAGAAAAUGAAGAAAAUCCUCGUGAGGAAGGAAGGACUCGGCGAUUGACCGAAGGCGACGAUGGUCCAAUUGAAGGCAUUGCCAUGACAGCAGCCAAUAAAUUCGAGCAAGGAAAUGACUCCAGCAUAUCUGAAGAGGAGAAUCAUAGAAUCAAGGAAGAUUUGAACAGCGUGGAGUGUGGAACCGCCGCUGCCAGGAGAAAGGCUCUCGAGGACUAUGCUGAAGAGACAAAGAAAUCUCAUGCAAGCAGCUCUCACGUGCUCGAGGACGAUGCGCUGGUUUUGCAAGCGGGCAAAGCAGCGAAUACUCGCGCUGAACUCGAAAAACUGUCUUCGGUCGAUAAAGUUUUUGAAAAACCUGUUGACAAAAAUAUUCCCAAAUCUGGCACGGCCUCUGCACAACGUGCGAUGUUCGAAGAGCGAGCGAAAAAGGCAUCUAUCGAUGAGGCUCCCAGACAGCAUGCCCGAACAGCGCGACGUAGUAAAUGGCCUGAGCCCAACACGAACUACCGCCACCGUCGUGGGGAUUUGAGGAAAAGUGUGACAACGGAUGACGAAGAGAGCACAAGUAAUGUCGACAGGGAAAAUGCAAAGAAUAUCGAGAAGUCUCGUCGAUAUUUGGAGGUCAACGAAGACACGGCAAACUUUAUUAGUCCUGGGGAGAGUUCCAGUGACGAAGCGCUCAAGUCUCCCGUAAAAACAGCAGAGAUUCGUCAUAAAUUUGUGAAAAUGCUAUCAAACGAGGACGAAAGAGCAGCUUCGCCAGAAGAUGAUCUCGUCCCGAUCGUGGGAACUGCGCGCAAUCUCCGUGCAAAAUUUGAAGCAAAGAAAGAUGAGACUCGAAUCCAUUCAAAACAACCUAGCAUCGUUCAGCAUUCUGGACGUGCAUCACGCGUGAAGGAGAGGUUUGAAAGCGGCGAGGUUACACAAAGACCCGUCUCGGACGUCGUCGACGGGAGUCUGAAUACGAGUCCUGAGGAGCCGUCACAAGACAUAGACCAUAGAGGACAGAGUUCAAAUGUACAGAAUCCCGACGUCGACGAAACAAACACGAUGUCUCGCAGUGCCAAGGAAUUGAAGAAUCGUUUUGAAAAUCCAUCUCAGACUACCCCAGUUGUGAAGAGGAACUUUGUUGUGCGUCCAAAACAAGCUGGGAAUGACAUCGCGUCCAGAUUCAAUAAACCGGGAAACGCUUCAAAUAAGUGCAAAGUUUGCGAUAAAACUGUUUACCCGAUGGAAAUGAUCAAAGCUGACGGCAUGAUCUUUCACAAAAAAUGCUUCAAAUGCGCGGAAUGCAAGGCGACCUUGAGGUUGGGUAAUUAUGCUGCGCUGCAAGGCCAGUUUUACUGUAAGCCUCAUUUCAAGCAACUGUUCAAAAAGAAAGGCAACUAUGACGAAGGAUUUGGUCGGCAGCAGCACAAAAAAAAUUGGGAAGCAAAACCCCAAGACGAAGAUCAGAAAGCAGAAGAGGUGGAGGAGGUUGACGGUAGCGCAAAGGUAAAUGGGAAGGUAAAUGGCCACUCCGUGGAAAAUGGGAAUGGCUUCCCCGAGGGAAAUGGCUAUGACAACCCCGAGGAAAAUGGAUCACUCGUAAAUUGAGCAAACGAAUGGAUUAACCUCAACACAUGACGAUGUUGAUGUUAUUGUUAGUUGAAUCUUUCGAAUGGUAUUAUUAUUAGAAGAUUGCGAAAAUUCAAGCGAUGUAAUGAAGUUAGGUGAAGGUAUGAAUUUGUUUCAGAAGAUUUAUACCAUUUCAUCACCGUGAUAACAUUUUAUUUUUUAUUUAUUAAACGAAAUCUUGACAUAAAUGUAGUUGAUUUACACUUCGCUUCAGUUCAUAAUAGUCUCCAAUAAAUAGACCGUUAUGCAUCUGUCGCGGAGAAGUUCUGCAAUCACGAUGUGCAGUCAAAGACGCCAUGAAAAUAGCGUUAACAUGUCUAGAUAUGUUGAUGAAUGGAUGAUUCCAUGGCAUUUUUCAUGUUAUUUUCACGACGUCUUAGAUGGCACGUCCUUUUUCCUCAAAAUAAUUAUGAUGAACACUGCACCCUUAAGGAACGUUGUGAUUAACUUUAAAGAAAGUAAUUCCUUCGUUGUAUGGAUUGAGCAAUAUAAUCUUCAGUUGAACUAUAGCUAUUUAUUACGAAACAAUACACUUUUACGUGCGUUGUUUUUUAGUGGUUCGACCGUAAAUUGAAAUAAAAUACAAUUCAAUACAUACGGUAUCUAUACCUAGAAAAUACGUUGAACUGAAUAAAUUCGUUAAGUUAUAAACGACCUUAAAGUUGUGCCAAGGUAGGAAUUCUACUAUGGAAAAAACUUAACUUUUUGGAUUCUCGUAUUUUUUUUGGUAGAGAAUAAAAGUCGAGGUAAUACACUAA